GCUACGUCUGUGCGGAAGUUUUCAUCUUGAAAGACAGUGCCGAGCGCUUUCGCGAACCCGAACGUUGAUGCAUUUUGCACUUAAAUGGUCAGGAUGACACAGAAGCGUUACCUGGAGGGACAGGUGUACUCUGUUCCUCUCAUCCAGCCGGACCUGAGGAGAGAAGAGGCUGUGCAUCAAAUUACUGAUGCCUUACAGUACCUAGAGAUGAUAUCAACAGACAUCUUUACUAGGGUGUCUGAGAGCGUGGAGAAGAACCGUGCGCACCUUCAGUCCGUCACAGACCGUAUCAAACUCGCUCAGGCCAGAGUCCAGAAGAUCAAAGGAAGCAAGAAAGCCACGAAGGUGUUCUCCAGUGCCAAGUACCCCGCUCCAGAAAAACUCCAGGAUUAUUCCUCCAUCUUCACCGGUGCAGUUGAUCCCGCCUCCCAAAAGAGACCUCGCAUUAAAGUCCAGAGCAAACUCCGCCCACUGGAUGACAAGGCCCAGCAGGAGAAGUUGAUGUAUUUGCCGGUGUGUGUGAACACUAAGAAGCGCUCCGAGGAUGAGACAGAAGAGGGUUUGGGAAGUUUGCCGAGAAAUGUCAACUCGGUCAGCUCUUUACUGCUGUUCAACACAACCGAGAACCUCUACAAGAAAUAUGUGUUUCUUGACCCUCUGGCGGGCGCUGUGACGAAAACACACACCACGCUGGAGACCGAGAAAGAGGAUAAACCGUUUGAUGCACCUCUGUCCAUCACCAAGAGAGAGCAGCUAGAGAGACAGACGGCGGAGAAUUAUUUCUAUGUGCCAGAUCUGGGGCAGGUGCCGGAGAUUGAUGUGCCGUCUUACCUGCCAGACCUGCCGGGCAUCGCUGAUGACCUGAUGUACAGCGCUGACCUCGGCCCGGGUUUCGCUCCAUCCGUUCCUGCCAGCAACAGCAUCCCUGAACUUCCAUCCUUUGGCACGGACCAUGAUGAAUCUAGCGGAUCCGACUCUCAGUUUAAACUGGAGGCUCCACCCCCUCCUCCUCCCCCACCCCCUCCUCCACCGGAACCAACCCAUGUGCCAGUCCCGCCUCCUGGAACAUCUGCAGCUCCGCCCCCUCCACCCCCACCUCCACCUAUGACAGCAGACAACACUGAUGCAUCAAGCCCAGCCCCGCCCACAGGUACGGUAAAAGGAGCUCCAUCUGAGGUCGUACAACCAUCGAAUGGGCGAGCCAGUCUUUUAGAGUCAAUCCGAAAUGCUGGCGGUAUCGGCAAAGCAAACCUCCGCAAUGUAAAGGAGCGCAAGAUGGAGAAGAAGAAACAGAAGGAACAAGAGCAAGUUGGGGCAACAGUCAGUGGUGGAGACCUGAUGUCGGACCUCUUCAAUAAACUGGCCAUGCGCAGGAAAGGGAUCUCAGGCAAGGGUCCAGCGGGUCAGGGAGACUCUUCUGAAGCUCCUGCCAGCUCGGGCGGUGCCUUCGCCAGGAUGUCAGACGUGAUUCCUCCACUGCCAGCACCACAGCAGUCGGCAGCAGACGAUGAAGACGACUGGGAGGCAUAAAGCAUGGAGGACAACCACAGCCAAGUGUCCGGCUCAAAGACUGCAGAUAUGGCUACGGUCUCUAAAAGAACAUCUGCGAGACCUUUUAUUCCUGGUUUUGUGUCCUGAAGGUCAGUGAAUGAGCAAAAGUGUAAAGACGUGUUUUAUAUGUCAUAAGAAGUCUGAAGGGUUAUAUUAUUAAAGUCAACAUGUUAUCUAAA